AUGACCGGGUCUUCUCAAUUAUUGUUACUAUUUUCCAUUUUAUUUUCACUAAUUGUCAAUGGUUUCACUUGUCCGGGACAAGUUACCGAAAUAUGUUUAUGCUCCGAAUUGCACAAUGGAGUUGUGCUAGAUUGCUCGAAAACUGAUGGUUAUCAAACGAUGGAGGUUUUGCGAAAAAACCAAGCGCUUUUGGGUUUGAUUCAAUCGCUAACAUUGCAAGAAUCAAAACUUGCAACAAUUCCAAAAGAAUUCUUUUCGGGAUUAUUCAUCAAGAAACUGGAUUUGUCAAACAAUUUGAUGACUUCUAUUGAUGACAACGCUUUUGAUGGAAUGAACUCUGUUCUUCAAGAACUUGUCCUGAAUCAUAACAAACUACAAAGAGUGAGUUUAGUCUCAAAUGACCGGGCAACCCAGAAAUAAUCAUAUUCUAACAAGCUGAAGGUUUUGAGUUUUGUUUUUUUGGGCUCAUUGAGCAUUUCGGUAAGAUUUUCAUAGUCAAAACUAGUAUAUUCGGGUUAGAAAAUGGUAAUUUCUAGGUUUCCUAGAAAAAUUCAAAAGAAACUUUCCCCAAAAAAUUAUUUUUUGUAGAUUCCAUCAAAAGCUAUUGCUGGUCUCCCAAUGUUGCUCCGCUUGGAUAUCUCAAACAACACAAUUAAUGAAAUUCCAGAAGAAGAUGUUUUCCCAACCUUAACCAAGGUAACAUUUUUUGCCCUCUCUCAAACCAAUUAAUUACAUUUCCAUUUUACUCCAAAAAACAGUAACAGUUAGUCGUCAAUUAUCCCAAUUUGCAGAUUUACGAUGUCAACUUGGGAAGCAACAACAUUUCACAAAUUCACACAAGUACUUUUCAAAAUGUCAAGAACACUAUUCAGACAAUCAAUUUGGGACACAAUAAAUUGUCGGCGGUUCCAUCGUCAGGUCAGUCUCAACUUUUUUUAUUGGGUUCAAGUUCAACAUUUAUUGUUGUGUAUUUCAACACAAGAACAAUAAACGAAACAAUAAAAAUGUAUAGUUUUGUCUUGGCUUAGCAUGGAUUGAAUGCAUAAAUGACCCACAAAAAAACCAACAAAUAUAUUUUUGACCUGACCGGAAUUCAAUUGUUUUGUUGUUUAUUUUUCAUCGGAAGGGAAGGGAAGCGAAAACAUGGAUAAAUAAACAAUAAUUGUAAACAAAUAAACAACUAACUGGUUACAGCUAUCCGAGGUUUGAAGCAACUUCAAGCUCUACAUCUACACAAAAAUCAGAUAAAACAAUUGGAGGCGUUGAACUUUUUGAAUUUGCCAGUGCUCAAUUUAUUAAAUUUGGCUGGAAAUCAAAUUUCGGAUUUGAAUCGACAAGCAUUUUUGAAUGUUCCAAAUUUGAGAUAUCUUUAUCUAACAGAUAACAAGAUCAACAAGCUAAUGAGUCAUCAAUUUGCAUCAUUUGAACAAUUGGAAAUGCUUGAUUUGACGAACAAUCAAAUCAUUGAAGUUCCAAAUGAAUGUCUUUCUGGAUUAAAACAAAUGCGUCAAUUAUAUCUUGGAAAUAAUCAAAUCAAAUCCAUCGGUAAAAAUGCGUUCUCCAAUAGUUCAAUUGUUGUGUUAGUUUUAUCUGGCAACAAUUUGACCACAUUACCAGAAGGUGUUAUAACUGGACUCGCUAAUCUUCAACAAGUCUCGUUUAGGAAAAAUCAGGUGGGUCAAGUAUUUAUUAUUUACUGUAGGAACAAAAAAGGGAAACGGAUAAAAAACAACACCAAAAAUAAUAUAACCUUGAUCCGGUCUGACCUUAAGAUGGUUGAGAGGGAUUUAGUCACAUAAUUGUUUUGAAAAGAAGACGAAAAUUGUUUUGGGUUUGAAAGUUGGCUCUUACGCAUGAUUAAUGGCGAGGUCAAAAUAUCUAAUUCUUUAUGUUUUUUUAGAUUGCAAGUGUUCAUCAAAACGCAUUCUAUAACGCUCCAUCGCUUGUUAUGAUUGAUUUAGCGGAUAAUUAUUUGACCGAAAUUGCGCCAUCAACAUUUUUAGCCCAACUCAAUCUUUUAUUGAUUGAUUUGAGCUCAAACAAAUUGACAAAAACACCAUAUGCUGCUUUCAAUCGGCGUGUUGGAACUGUUCUUUUGAAAGGUAAUUGAUAUCUUGAAAGUAUUCGAAAAAAUUUGGAAAUUUAGAAAACCCGCUAGUCUGCACUGAAAAAAUUCACAUGCUCCAAGAUGGAACAGGAAUCAAUAUCGAAGAUAGUGAAGAUAUUAUUUGUGGUGGAAAACCUAAAACAACUACAACCACACAAAGCUCACUAGUUCAGGUAAAUCUUAUUUUUUCAAUGCUCUUUAUUUCACAUUAUGACUUUGUAGAUGCCAAAAAUGAUCCCAAGAAAACAUCACGAGCCAACACAAAUUCCAAAUGGAGCAUUCCAACAAGCCGGUUUGGUUAGACCAACUUCAAGAUCACACUCAAGAUUUGUGACUGAUAAAACGCAUGAUAUUCCAAGAAUUAUUAUGACAACACCUUCACCAAGACAUCAAGAAGAAGAACAAGCAAAUGUUGAAGAAGAAAAUAUUGAAGAAGAAUCUGGACCGGAAUUUGUGUUAGAUGAGACAACAAAAUCACAAGAGCAAGAAAUUCCAAAACCAUCAGUUCUUCCAGUGAGUUUUAAAUAUGAGCAAUAGUUUAUAUAACCUUUAAAAUUGGAUAUCAGUUCUCAAAAUCCUUCGUCAAAACAACGUAACCAUUCUAACUUUUAGAAAUAGAACUUACAGCUUUUUUUAUUAAUUUGAACAAAACGAGAUUAAUUGUCAUAUUUUCAGACCCGCGAAGAUCUAGCUGCAACUCCAAUCUCAACAACCCCAAAUCCACCAAGACGAUACACAGACAUUGCCGACAAUCCAAACAUUAUUCAUCCAUUCCCAGUUCCAUUUUUGAAACGUGGACCACACAUGAAUAAGGCAACUGCAGUUCGUGUAACUACCGAAGGUCCAGUGACAGAAGAAGUGCACACACUUCCACCAUCAAUUCUUAUUGAACCAGGAAGCACACCAAAGUGAGUUUAUCUUCAGUGUUACACAAGAUGUUGUUAACAAGAAAAAAAAGCUGAUUUUUCAUGAUCCAACUUUUAGAUUCAACACGUCGCAAGCUCCUGAUCAUACUCGUGUUAACACCGAACAUUUUGAAGAAUUCGCAUUGAGAUCAAAAAUUGAUAGAGAGGUAAGUUUCAGUUGACUUUAAAAAACAUGAACUUAAUUUUAAUUUUCAGGAAGAGUCAUCAACAACAGCUUCGGAUUCAUCACCACCAUCAAAAUCAAUGUUCCCAACAACAAUUGUUAUGAUUUGUGUUGGAACUGCGCUUAUUGUGAUGGUUGCUGUUAUUUUAGGAUUAUGUAUCAGCAAGCACAGGUAUUUUGAAAUGAAAAUUUUAAAGUCCAAAUAAAAUUCUCAAUAUGUUUCAGACAACUUCGAUUUGAAAACACUUAUUCUGACAGCAGUGUUGCACGAACAAAUGAGUAUGUUGCCGCUCAAGCACAUUUGAACUCGGUUUACAGUACUCAAAGAGUUGGAAGAUUUGAAGAUUCGCCCGCUUGGAUUUACAAUCCUGGUGCAAAUUAUUGCAAUUAUUACAAAUAG